GGGGGCACUGGGGGCACUGGGAGCACUGGGCGUUACUGGGAGCACUGGGGGUUACUGGUGCAUACUGGUGGUUACUGGUGCGUACUGGGGGGUCUCACCGGUGCCCCCCUCAGCCCCCUGCAGGUGCAGGCGGGGGGGCACAGCCUCUCGCAGCCCUCUGGGCACGAACAGUUCGCGGCGGUGGCGGAGCUGGUGCCGCACCCGGAAUUCCAGGGGGGAGGAGAUCCCGGAUUCCAGAACCGAUCCCACGACCUGCUGCUCCUGCGGGUGGAGCCCCCCUUCACCUGGACCCCCCUGGUGCAGCCCCUCCCCCUCCCCGAGGACCUCCCGGACCCUGGAGAGAACUGCACGGCCAUGGGCUGGGGGAGCACCGGGGGGGAGCUGGACUUGUACCCGGACGUCCCUCAGUGUGUCACCGUGGCCGUGCUGGGUGACACCGAGUGCCAGGUGUCCUACGGGCCGCAGGUGACCGAGGACAUGCUCUGCGCCGGCGUCCCCGAGGGCGGCAAGGACUCCUGCCAGGGUGACUCCGGGGGACCUCUCGUGUGCCAGGGGCUCCUCCAGGGCAUCGUGUCCUGGGGGGAACACCCCUGUGGGCAGCCGGGGCGCCCGGGGGUCUACGCCAGCGUCCAGUGGCACCUCCAGUGGAUCCUGGGGGUCAUUGGGGAGGCAGAGACCCCCUGACCUCUCCCAAAAAACCCUGACCCCCCCAAACCCACCCUGGGACCCCUCAACCCUCCUGAGACCAACCAGGACCUUCUGAGACCAACCAGGACCUGGGCUGGACCCGGGGGGGCAUCAGGGGGGAGGCAGAGACCCCCCAGGGGACCUCUGAGACCCCCUGACCCUCCCCGAAAAAAAUCUGGGACCCUCUGACCCCCCCAAACCCACCCUGGGACCCCCUGACCAUUCUGGGAUCAACCAGGACCUCCUGAGACCAACCAGGACCUGGGCUGGACCCGGGGGGGGCAUCGGGAGGGGGCAGAGACCCCCCGGGGACCUCCGAGACCCCCUGACACCCCCUCCCAAAGUACCCCGACAUGCCUUGACUCCCCCAAACCCACUCUGGGUCCCCCCGACCCCAUCAAAUCACCCCAGUGACCCUCUGACCCCUCUGUGACCCCCUGACCCCCAAAAAACCCCCUGACUCCCCAAACCCACCCUGGGACCCCCCCGAACCCUCUGUGACCCCUUGACCCCCCAAAAAACCCCCUGGGACCCCAAAGUGACCCCUCUGCGACCCCCUCACCCCCCAAAAAACCCCCUGGGACCCUCUGACCCCUCUGUGACCCCCUGCCCCCCCAAAAAACCCCCCUGACCCCCCAAUAAAGCCCCUUUGGCAUCA